AACGAAUUCCAAGUCAUUGCCCCAUUGUUCACACACAACUACAAGUCGGCUUCCAAAGUCUCUUGCUUCUUUCAUUCACCUAUCUCUAGUUUCUACAGUUUACAAAAUAGAACCAUGGAAAGCAGCCAAGGGGAAAAAGAAAGCGCUUCUGCAGAAGCAGCUGUGUUUGAGGACUUGCUGCCGGUGAUGGCAGAGAAGCUUGACGUGGAGACUUUUGUGUCUGAGCUGUGUGGGGGUUUCAAGCUUCUGGCUGACCCCGAAAAGGGUUUGAUCACGGCGGAGAGUCUGAGGAGGAACUCGGAGCUUCUGGGCAUGGAUGGGAUGAGCAAAGAGGAUGCAGAGGCUAUGGUUAGACAUGGUGAUCUUGAUGGGGAUGGGAAGCUGAAUGAAACUGAGUUUUGCAUCCUGAUGGUGAGGCUUAGCCCCGAAAUGAUGCAAGAUGCUGAGGCAUGGCUUCACAAAGCAAUUCAACAAGAGCUCACCAAAUCAUCAACCUUGUAACCGCUGCUUCUUUCUGUCAAUAAUUGUUAAGUUAUUACGGUAACAUGUAUGUAUGUAUGUAUGUAUAUUUAUGUUAUAUCAUCUCAUCUGGGUUAUAAAAAGUUGCGUGUAUUUUUGAAUGGUGUCUCUGGUUGAGGACUUGAGGUGCUCAUGUCCACCGUGAAUGCUUAUGUGAAUCUGAAUAAUAUUGAAAUGAAUCUAUUGAGUGAGUUCAAACCAGCAAAA